AUGAAAAAAGAAGAAAUAAAAUCUUUUUUAACUAGUCCAACAAAAAGAGGAGGAAGAGGUAGAAGAUCAUCAUCUGUUGGUAAUAUCAAUAUUGGUGACAAUGGACCGAGUAUCGGGACCUUAACUGCCUCGAAAGAAUCUAGAAUGGCUAGCGAAAAGAGAAUAAGAGCCCUAUCAGAAGCCAAAACUAAUGAUCGUGAUUUAUUAAAAAUAUUGUUUCUAAGUUAUAGAGAAAUAUCCUAUAGAUAUAGCUGGUUUACUCCAAUGAUACUUUUAAUCAUUGUAUAUGGUGCAUAUUUAUCAUCAGGGAAUUUUACAGAGUCCAAUUUUCUGCACAUGUUUGUUGGUGUUUCUUAUCAAAUUCCAGGCACCAAUAUGUAUGCAAAGGGGAUUAAAGAUUUGUGCUUUGUUUUUUAUUACAUGAUUUUCUUUUCGUUCUUUAGAGAUUUUUGCAUGGAUGUUUUCCUAAGGCCCAUUGCCUAUAAAUUAGGUGUUCGUCAGCCAUCCAAAGUCAAAAGAAUGAUGGAGCAAUGUUAUUCUUUGAUUUAUUAUGGUAUUUCAGGACCACUUGGCCUAUACAUUAUGUAUAAUUCUGAUUUGUGGUUAUUUUCAACCAAAACAAUGUAUAAGACGUAUCCAGAUUUGAAUAAUGAGUACUUGUACAAAAUUUUCUACUUAGGCCAGGCUGCAUUUUGGGCCCAGCAGGCGUGUGUUUUAACUUUCCAAUUGGAAAAACCAAGAAAAGAUUUCAAAGAAUUGGUUUUCCACCAUGUUGUUACUUUGCUUUUAAUCUGGAGUUCGUAUGUUUUCCACUUCAGCAAGAUGGGGUUGGCCGUUUACAUUACCAUGGAUGUUUCUGAUUUUUUCUUGUCACUGUCUAAAGUUCUGAAUUAUUUGAAUUCUGUUUACACACCAAUUUUUUACAUAUUUUUCGUAAUAUCCUGGAUUUAUUUGCGCCAUAUUAUUAAUUUGAAGAUUUUAUGGUCUGUUUUAACUGAAUUCCGUACUGAGGGCAAUUAUGUUUUGAAUUUUGCUACUCAACAAUAUAAAUGCUGGAUUUCUUUACCUAUUGUUUUCGCUUUGAUUUUUGCUUUGCAAGCUGUUAAUUCCUAUUGGUUAUUUUUGAUCUUUAGAAUAUUAUAUCGUUACGUUGUUGACGGUGUCCAGAAAGAUGAAAGAAGUGAUGAUGAAUCUGAGGAUGAACUCGAUAAUAUAGGUGAAGAAGAUAAUGAUAAAAAGGCCAUUUGA